AUGGAGGACAAUUUGGCUGCGGAAAUCGCCAGAAUAGAGGCGGAGCUCGAGGUGGACCGUCAGCUCCGCGAACAACAACGACAGCAGCAGCAGCAGCAGCAGCAAACUAAACAGCAGCAACCGUUCGGCUUCCAGGGGGUCGUAUCCGCCUUCGGGGCGUCCCCCGCCCAGCAGCAGCAGCAGCAGCAGCAGCAGCCACAACAGCAAGGCGGGAUAAAUCCCACACCAGGACACCGACAUCACCAACAACAACAGCAGCCACAGCAGCAGCACGUGGCUCCAGGCGCGUCAGCGCCAACGUCUGGGCAACCGCAUCAGUUCUCGAAGGAUAGCGAUAGUCGCUCCAUCUUUGUGGGCAACCUGCCGAAGGGCGAGAACGGAGGCCCCACUUCCACCCCGGAGGAGUUGGUCCAGUUCUUCUCCGACUGCGGGCAGAUACUGAACUGCACGCUGCUGCGUGACCGCACGACGGGGGAGUUGAAGGGCACGGCGUACAUGGAGUUUGCGUCUUAUACCAGCAUGGGGAAGGCCAUCGACACGAAGAACAACGCUAACUUCAAGGGCAGUACCAUUAUUGUAUGUUGA